UAGAUUAAGAAUUAGUGACGGAUUUCUUUUUUGAUAAAUUUUGUUCUUAACAAUGGGUCGUAAUUCCCUCCGAGUUUUCAAACCUGAUUUACUCGAGAACAGCGCCCCCUAGCAGAAAAAUUGAACUUGUUUAUCAUUUGCUUUCUCCGUCGAAUAAGGAAUGUAUCAAGGUCUGCUCCUCCUAAGCAUCUUCGGCAUUACAUUUGCCAAUUCUUUCUUACCUUUUCCUGACCUUAGCAGAAGAAUUCCUGAGAGAACAGCCCCACCAGGUUGCGCGUACAAAGGAGAAAAAUACGACCAUGGUCAACAAGUUGAAACAAGUGAGGCAUGUCUUAAUUGUACCUGCACUCGCGGAGUUGUUGUCUGUUAUCUACGAGUAUGCCAAACGGCAACUGCUCCUCCUUUAGGCUGUUUUCUGGCAAGGGAACUUGGUCAAUGCUGUCCUACACUUGUAUGUGGUGGUGAGGACAUAUCUAAAGAAACAAGCAAUUCAGUACCAGAUUUAAGACCUACCUUUCAGCCCACAUUUCAGUCAACUUAUUCAACAGCUACAGUAGAUUUAGAUAAAAAUGUGACAUAUGAUGAGUUAAGUUUAGAGACAAGUGAGACUACAGAGUAUAUAACGAGAGAAAAUAAUGUAGCAAAUCAAAAUGAUUUAGAAAAUGAUAGUUUAAUGUUUGUUUCUUCUACAGAGGAAGAAGAUCAUGAAUUAACAAUUUUAAAUAAUAUUCCAGGAGGCUGCCUCGUGAAUGGAACACUUUAUGGAGAUGGGUCAGCAAUGCUAUCAAGUUCUUUCUGUGAAUAUUGCUUCUGCAUACGAGGAAAAAGAACGUGCCUUGAACCAAAAUGUCAAUUAGUUAUUGAAGGUUGCACUCCUCAUUAUGAUACAGAAUUUUCAUGCUGCCCUUCCAGAUAUGAUUGUGCUCAAAAAGGUUCAAACAACAACACAGCCAACGGUAUAAUGAUGACAGAUUUAAGUGAGACUACUGGAGGUCACUGUAUAAGAAAAGGCGAAGUGUACUAUCAAGGUGAAGUAAUAGCCAGUCAUAAAGCUUGUCAUAACUGCUAUUGCAAUGACUCCACAAUAAUUUGUGAUGAAAUCCAAUGCUCAUCACCAAUAGAUGGAUGCCAUCCUAUCAUUCCUGACGGACAUUGUUGCCCAGUUUCUUAUCGCUGUGGUGGAAAAGAAACUCUUCAAAUGAAAAUGAACACUUCAUAUAUUAAAGAUAUUAAAACCAUAAAACACUCUGAUGUCUUCAAGAAUAAUUAUUCUACAAAUCCAACUUUUGACCAUGAGACACUGUUUUUCGAUGUUAUUCAUAGGCGCUUAGAUGAUGAUUAUAGUUUAUUAGAUGUAACUCAUCAUCAAAUAGAAGAAAAUACAGCCCGAGAAAAUGACAAAACACUAGAUUUAGACUCUUCUUCCCUCUUGAAUGCGUCAGGAGAAUAUGAUAAAUUACUCAAAUAUGGAGAAAAUAAUCAACUGAAAUCAAUUUCAACUGGAAUACCAGAAAUUCACACAAUAUCAAUGAAAGAACUUGUGGAAAGGUAUUUCACAAAACAUGAGCCAAAUAUAUUGAAAUUAGAGAUUGAAAGCGUUGAAUUAAAACGAAAUAACUCCAAACAACCUUCAAGUAUUAUUGAAGCAAAUUUAAAACCAGAAAGAUUUUCUGUUAAAGAAUAUACUACACCUAUGCAUAAUAUUGGAACAACAAAUGAUAAUAAUACAACAACAGAUGAUAAUAAUACAACUAAAGAUGAUAAUACAACUACAGAUGAUAAUGAAACAACUACAGAUUAUUAUAAAACAACAGCAGAUGAUUAUACAACUACAGAUGAUAAUAGUACAAGUGAUAAUAUGCAGUUCAGUUUUACCCAACCACUCAGUAGUAAAAUUGAUAAUUUUCAAAGAGCCCCAAUAAAUGUUUUAGAAAGUAAUAAAGAAUUAGGUCAAAUUCAAAAUGAUUUCAAAUACAAAACUUCUCCUUCGUAUCCAACAAAGAGUACCAGCAUGGCUUAUCAAUUCAGUACAAUAAUUUCUAACGAUACCAAUGUUACUUUAGAUUUCACCAACUCUGUGCACGAAACCAAGAUGGAUAAUUAUACAAUAGAAUCACAAAUUCUUAAGACAACUGUGCUAAAUAGUAUGGAAUAUUCAAAUGAAUCUAGUCAUAGACAAAACUCAUCCAAAGAAAUUUUAGAUGAAAGUAUUAAGUCUCAAACUCGUAUUAAUAGUAAACUUACAUUUUCAUCUCAAAAUAACAAGUCAGGAGAUGUAACUUCAAUAGCAGCUGAAAGUCGAGAAGAUUUGACAAACGUUGGAUCAAUUUAUUUAGGAGCUCCUCUAUCCGUCGAUGAUGGCAGUCAACUACGAAAGGAUAUGACUAUUAAGAGUGAUGGGGUAAUAUUUUUGGAUCCUAAAUUCACGGAUAUCGCACCUGAACAAACAAAUACUUCAACUGACACGCACAACCGAAAGAAAGAGCCAAGAAUCCAUAACCGCACUCUUGCACUCAUCCCAUUUGUUGCAGAAGAUGCUGUACGAGGUUUUAAUGCAACACAUGAAAAUACUCAAGGAUUUCCAGAUAUGGUUUCGGACUUCUGUUUUAUAAAAGGACGCAUUUACAUGAAUGGAGAAAUGAUUACAAAACCAGACCCUUGUGAAUUAUGUCGCUGCUUUUAUGGCCAAGAAUUAUGCCAAUUGCAGAGAUGCCCAUCACCUAUAAUCAAAGACUGUAUACCAGAAAAAGUUCCAGGAUUUUGUUGCCCUCGUUUUACAUGUGGUAAGAAUUCUACUUUUGAUCAACAUCCUAGUCAGAAAAUUACCAUCAAUUCCUCCCCUAACGCCCAUGUUCUCAGUUUAGUAACAAUUAGAGGUAUACAUCUUUUGCAUAAACUCUAAAACCGUAAACUCCUGAGAAUCUG